UGUCCUCAUUUGCACCUUUUGUGUUAUGGACACCCAUUCCUCACCCUCCUCUAAUCGUCUCUCUCAUCUCCAUCCAGAUCUACAAUUUGUUUCGAUGACUAGUCGCUUGCCCCCUCUCUCGCCGCCGGCAACUCACUCUCCUCCCCUUCCUUCUCUCCCACCGCUGGCAACUCACUCUCCUCCCCUUCCUCCUUUCCUGCUUUCAGCAACUCACUCUCCUCCCCACCAUUCUCUCCAACCAUCGACAACUCACUCAUCUUCCCUACCUCUUGCAACUACUUGCUUUCCUCUCCUCUCAACAACAACAACUCACCUCCCUUCCCUUCGAUUGGUGACUGCUUCCAUCCCUCCCCUCCCACCAAGACCUCCUUAUCCAUUACAAAGAUGCAAGCCUCAGCGACAUCGGCGGCCAACAUCAUCCCACAUAGUUAGGAAUGGGAAGGCCAAGGCUUUGCCUGAGAGAAUGCAAGACCCAAGGGAUGAUGAUUUCUUGGCGCCAAAGUUGCAUAAGAAGAAGGUUGUCUACCGGCCGCAGCCAUCAGGCCAUCUGAAGGGUGAACCUGAACUGUUGCGGAGAGAGUUUCCGCAAUCAUCAGGCAUGGUCCAAAAGCCACCCAAAAGAAGCUUGAAGGGUGAGCCUCGCACGCCCCCUUCCGACAGGGGGACCCCGGAUUCCCUGCCGGAAUCUGGUCCUACCGACGAAUACCGUGCGUUAAGGAGGAAGUACCUGAUGCUGGAGGAAGAGAACUUUGCACUGGACAAAGAACUGAGCAUGGAAGAUGAAGAAAUGAAGGCCCUAGAGGAUGAAAAGCUUGCACUGCUUGAUCAGCUUGUUGUCUUGGAAGGCCUUGUCGAGCCAUCCCAGUUGCAGUCUCAACCUAGGCCGUAAGGUGUUUUGGUUUAUGUAUAAUCGUUGUCGUUCAUUAUAAUUCAGCUACUAGUAGCUGUUAUACUAUCUGGGCUUAAACAGUGUGUAGAAACAGCAUAGUAGACCUGUUACUUCUAUCGGACAUCGACGAAUAAAAAAAACUCUUAUGACUGUUUGCAGGGUUGACAACUUCUUAGUCCGUUUGUGUAAAGUAAGAAGAAUUUAGUUGCGAA